AUGGAUGAUGAAGAAGGAAGGUGUCUGCUGGAUGUUAUUUGUGACCCUCAAGCUCUGAAUGACUUUCUCCAUGGAAGUGACCAGUUGGCACCAGCUGGAGAAGGAAUCAGCCACGAGGUGCCCUCAUCUGCCAGCAGUGUUGACAUCUCCUUCUUGGGCGAAGACCUGCUGGGAUCCCCAGCCAGCUACGGUAUUGAGCAGCCCUGUGAUAUCCUGCAGCAGAGCUUGCAAGAGGCUAAUAUCACUCCGCAGACUCUGCAAGGAGGAGACGACUUGACAGGCGGGGGGGUCCAUGUACAGGCCAGCCCCAAGCCACAACCUGCCAGCCUACCCACCCAGGACAGCCCCCAGACGCUAAACACGGAUCUCAGCAGCUUAGCCCCUACCGUGAUUGCCCAGCAGCCUCUGCUUCAGCAUCCAGUGACUGCUCAGUUUGUCAAUAAAACCGUCAACGUGCAACACUUGGUCCAUCAAGUCAGACUGAGCAGUGUCGCCGUGCAGCCAAUAGCAGGCAUUCAGACCAUGUCCAAUGGCACCACCAAAGUUGGACGCACACAGACGGUCGACUGGCAAUGUGGUCAGACUACCGUGCUGCCUGUCGAUCAGCCGUCUCGGACAGGGCUGUUGGCAAAGCCUGGCCUCACAUCCCCGAUGGCUGCUCCUCUCUCCGAACAUCCAGUCACAGCAACUUUGGGCAUCUCUGCCCCAUUCCAAAAGAAUAUCACCAGCAACUGUCUGAAUGGAGAAUCCCUCUAUGCCCAGGCUGCUGUUGGGCACACCACGGGGAACCAGCUGGUGCAGGUACCAGUGCUGACGCGUGUCAUUCAGAAGAGCUCAACGCCAAUCCAGCCAAAGCAUCUCGUGAAUAUACAACCUAAACUGGUCCAGUUAAGCCCAAAGUCUUCAUUUCCUCCAACCUCUCCACAUGUCCAGUCUGCCUCAAAGACUUCAAUAGAAGCUGCACAGGAGCAGCAGAAAGCUUGGCAGAACUUGGCAGUGACCGCCCGAACCUCUGGCCCUGGUGUCCUGCUCUCCACUCAGGCCCCUGCAGUCUCCCAGACAAUAGCCACCAAUCGGGUAAAGCAACCAUCCCAGCAAGGUCAACCCAAGUCAAGCAAGCCAGUCAGUGUUCGGGUGCUCCAGCAGGGCACUGGUGUGGUACUGCAGUCCCAGUCAUUACCUCGGGCACUGCUGACUGGUCAAAGCCAAUCCACCUUGCCUGGGCACUUGGCCACCAGAGUCUCAGCAAGUGCUGGUCCCCAGCGGCUUUCAGCAAUUCAACCUGGACCUGUUUUGACCACCCAGUGUGGGUCUAUGCUAGCCAUCCACAGACAGUCAGCUACGGGUCGCAUUGUGGGACGUGUGCAGGCAUCUCCGGGACAAGUAGUCUGCAGCCAGUCAAUGCCUGCUCACGUCUUGAUGACCCAGAAUGUGGUGGGACAGUCAAUUACCAGCCACUGUGACCUUGGCCAGGUAUACACAGCAUCAAACUCACAGUUGACGGUCAAUGAAGGAACAGCACAGAGACUGUCUAUAUCCGUGCAGCCACAGCCCAGUCAACCAACUCUGUCUACAAGCCUCCUGGUGCCGAGUCAGCUGGAAGCUAGCUUUGGUUCACAAUUAGAUUUGUCUGGUCAAACACCAGAAGGGCAGCUGGAUCCAACUGUGCCUCUGCCAAAUCAGCUACCAGUGCUCAAUGAGACUGAGCUUCUUGGACCAGCCUUGAGUAUUCAGCAGUCAAGCACCAAUGACCCUGAUAGCAACAUUGUGAAGAUUCCAUUUGCCCCUCAGUCUCCAUUCACAUCAGCUCUUGAGCUUCAGCAGAUUCCUGCUCUGGCCCAGUGUCGCCAACAAACACACCAGUCUCAGUCCCAACCAGCAGAGCAUCAUCACUCUGGACUGCUGUCGGCUCUAGCAUCAAAACCCAGCAGCAUCUCAGCCAAAACUACCGACAGACCUAAUAACCAGGGAGCCACAGGAGCAGCACUCAAUGCUGACCAGCUUUUGCUUUUCCAACAGAAAGAGCAAAAACAACAGCUCCUUUACCAGCAAGCCUUGAAGCUCCAACAGGAGAAAGGCCUCUCACUGACCUCUGGCAAUGGCUUGGCUGUACCACUCUCUGCCGGCAGUAUCCCACCAUCUGGAAGUAGACCUGGAGUACAAACAAACACUGUCCUCAUACCAGCCAACACUUUUCUGGUGGAGCCCAAAAACCAAACAGCCUUACCUCAGAGUCAACCCAGCCAAUUCCUGCCAGCCUUGUCAGGCCAGACAACAUCCAAUAUGAUCAGUAACCUCACAGGCCUGAAUGUCACCCUAAGUAAGGGUUCAAUCCAAAUCCAAAUGAUUGGGAAAGGAAUUGCUCACAUCACAUCAACAGCAAAUCAGCAUCUCCAGUCAGCAUUGCUUGAAGGAUCAGUUGGGAAGUUGAAGAAAACAGCAGUAGCCACUUUGACACGAGGAGAUCUAUUACUUGAAAAAUUCUACAAGGACCAGACCUCUGUCCUUCAGCCUGAUUGCAACACUCCUUUUAAUUCCUUUGAGGACACAGUAUUCAGACUGCUGCCCUAUCAUGUAUGUAAAGGGACACUACCAACUAAUGUGGACUUUAACAAAGUGGAUGAAGAGUUUGAGGUCAUAUCAACGCAACUCCUCAAACGAACGCAGGUCAUGCUGAACAAAUACCGUCUGUUGCUCUUUGAAGAAUCUAGGAGGACAAACCCCUCAUCUGAGAUGGUGAUGAUCGAUCGAAUGUUUAUUCAAGAGGAGAAGGUGGCCUUCUUGGAAGCUAAACAAUUGGCCAAAAACAAUCCUGAUGCAUAUAUCACAUCGGUUUUCAAACCAAGGAUUGCCACCACUCUGCCCAUCACUUCUGGCCCAAUUCUAGGCUCUGACCAGGAGGUUCAGUGUUCACCACAGGCCCAACUGAAGACAUAUGUUGCCAGCAGCCGAGGAGGCCUCAAGCUGAAGAUAAGGCAGGAGGUUGUCCACAACUUGGAGUUGGAGCCUGCGGGCACUCAGGCAAGACCAGCUCCUACAGGCCCCUUUUCCCUCACAGCUAAUACCCUGAGGCAAACCGAUGGCGAGCCAGGCUGCAGAUUCCCUGCUCCAGCUGAGAAAUGGAAGCUUGGGCCUGGAGAGACACAGGAAUCUGGGGGCUGUCUUACAGACCUCAGGAAAUCCCGGAGGAACCUCCCCUGUGUCAGCACACCUGGUUUGGGGCCUGACCAAAGUAAAACGCCACCACUCAGCACUAAGUUUCACAGAUCACUGGAACACAACUUGAACCAACAAGCCAUCACCAUCGAGCCUGGCCCUGGGCACCGUCCAGCUCAGGCUUCGUCUUCACACAACUCCCAUGUCCAGAGUAGGCUUCAUCUUCAUGUGGACAGGCAUGGACCAGGGAGGACAGGUGUUGACAUCAAUGACCAUGUGAAAGCUGGCUUUGUGGGUGACCUCCCCCUCCCACAGCCCAAACGUCGCAAGUGUGACUCAGUGGACAAUGCCAGCAGCACGGGUCACAGCCCCCAGGACAGUGCGCUGAACGCCCACCUGCAAAGUGCCAUCAACAGCCUCCUGGACCUGCAGAGGCACCAGAGCUCGGAGCCCAGAACUCCAACACCCCAGAAAGAUGAUCGCAACCUUCCUCCCUACUCACCUCCAGCUUCCUCAGCAGAUUUCCUGCAGUCAGACCCUGAUAGUGGCCUUGCUGAAGUGACAACCUCUACUCUGGAAGAGGCAGUAAACAGUAUUCUUGGUGACUGAGGAAAGAUUGUAAAAUGGGAGUUAUAAACUGGAAUUGGAAUGCCAUUUAAAAUUGAAAUUGGCACACGAUGUUGUGUGCCUUAAAUACCGAAAGUUACAGUCGCAGUUACUUGGACAGUGCCUAAACAGAUUAUUGUAAAAACCAGUUACAUAACAAGAGUCAUAACAUCUAGUAAUUUCUAGAAGGUGGCCGGUACUACACAACUGGUGUUGUAUAGUUGAGUUAUUUAUUAAUUGUGAAGACUUGCAGACUUAGCAGAUGGUUACACUCCUCAAUGAUGCUCCGUUAAAUGUUUUGGAAAGAGAGGACUAGGUUAGGUGCCAGAACCUUUUCUUUAUUAAGUCACUGGCUGACUCCUCACAAUUGUCUUGCAAUAUUGACCUCUGGUCAUUGUAGUUCAAGCUCAUUCCUUGGACUCCAAUAAUCUAGGUAGGCACCAUUGUGCACCUUUUUUUUGUACUACUGUACUGAGUAUUUUCUUCCACUGUUGAAGGAUAGUAGUCAGCCUUGGUUUUUUUCAGGGCUUUCAAACAAAUCGAGAUUUUUCACAAACUGGUAGGACCUGUUUCUGUGCUAAGGAUUGUGCUGGGUAUAUGCACAAUAUUGAUGAAGUGUUUGAAUCAUUUGAAAUGUGUUCCCAGAGCUUGUCUGAACAGACAGUGUCUGUUUUGUAAGAACUGAGUGUACAAUU